CACGUGGCCUGUAUUGUAUGGUGGCGAGCCGCGGCCAAAAAGAACGUGACGCCGCAGCAGCUGCAGCUCCGCGUCUUUUUGCGCACCGCCGGCUUUUAGAUUCCGGGCAGCAGGACGAGUACGGAAAGCGCCGAGGGGCAGAGCAGGCUGCAGGAGUGGGCCAAACAAUAUGGCAGCCAAGCGGAUUACCCAGGAGACAUUUGAUGAUGUGGUACAGGAAAAUAUCAUUGAGUUUGGAAUGGAUCCGGAAGAGGCAGUGAAUGAAGCCAUCCAGCAGUUUGAAUCUCAAGGUGUAGAUUUAAGUAAUAUAGUAAAGAUGGUACCCAGUCCAGCUUCUGAGAAUGGUCAAGAACAGAAGCACGUGGUUUUACAGAUAUUGGACUGUCUCCAGAAAGCAGUCAUUGAUGCUGAUUCAAGCAAGGUGGACGAAUCUUUGGUGAACUUUGCCAGGCAGUGCAGACAGGAGCUGUCAGUCCGUUACCUGGCUGGCCAGAAGGGUGCUUACCCUGCAGUUCUGGCUGCUUGUCGGCUGGCAUCGGAAGACCGAUGCUCCCUUUUGAAAGCCCUCCAAGCCCUCUCUGCCCUCCUGGAUGGUCAGCCUGACCUCCUCGAUGUGCCUGGUCAGGAGCUGCUGCUGCGAGUGCUACAGGAGAGCCGAGAUGAUGCUGACCUGACUUUGGCUGGGGUCCGUUGCAUCCGAUAUGCCUGCCUGAAACAUGAACAGAAUCGGCAGGAUCUUGUGAAAGGGGGCAUCCUUGCACUACUGGCUGAAGCUAUAGUCCGACACGGGGACCGGGCAGACGUGGUCCGGGAGGCCUGUUCUGGGCUCCGCAUCAUGACCUUUGAUGAUGACAUCCGGGUGCCGUUUGGCCAUGCCCACGACCAUGCCAGGAUGAUUGUGGCUGAGCAUAAUGGCUUGGGAAUCCUGAUAGAGGCAGCCAAAGCCUUCACUGAUGACUGUAGUGUCUUGAGUGAAAUCUGUGCCACUCUGGCACGCCUGUCUGUUCGGAAUGAGUUCUGCCAGGAGAUCAUGGACCUUGGAGGCUUAAACUUCAUAGUGGCGCUGUUGGCGGACUGCAUUGACCACCAGGAGCUGGUGAAGCAGGUGCUCAGUGCCAUCCGGGCCAUUGCGGGUAAUGAUGAUGUGAAAGAUGCCAUUGUCAAUGCAGGAGGGACGGAUCUCAUUGUUUUGGCCAUGAGCCGCCAUCUUGGCAACGCACAGGUGUGUGAACAGAGUUGUGCGGCAUUGUGUAUGCUAGCGUUGCGCAAGCCAGAGAACUGCCGAGUCAUCAUGGAAGGUGGUGGGGCCUUGGCAGCUCUGCAGGCCAUGAAGACGCAUCCCCGGGAAGUUGCCGUGCAGAAGCAAGCUUGCAUGCUGAUUCGCAAUUUGGUCUCGCAUACUCAGGACUUCUCCCAACCCAUCCUGGAGAUGGGAGCUGAAAACUUGAUCACCGAAGCACGGGCAGCCCAUCGGGACUGUGAUGACGUGGCCAAAGCUGCCUUGAGGGACCUGGGCUGCAAGGUGGAGUUGCGGGAACUCUGGACCGGCCAGAAAGGAGGCCUGGCACGUUGAAGUCUUGGACCCCUCCAUUGGGCAGCACCUGUGGAUGUGGAGUAGGAGAGGGAAGCGAAGACUGGAAUAAAUCCAGACCGAGCAGUUGAGGAGGGAGAGUGUAUUGAUACCUCUGGAAACGGGUAGGACUUAGUUGCUGCAGCAGGAGACAUGUGCUCUCUGCCAUACUCUCUCGCACUCAGCUUCUGGCCCAGGGUCCCUUUUUGCUGUGAUUUCUUGUCAGCCGUGCCCAUGAACCAGCCCUCCUCUUGGAAAUAGGGUGGCAGUGCUGUUGCAACAGUGCCGCCAUGCAGCAACGCCACGAUGUUCAGGAAAGGGAUAUGCCUGCAGUGUGUGUACUAAACACUAGCUUCUGUACAAAUUGUCUCAACGAUUUUAGCAAAAAAAAAAAAAAAAAAAGAGGGUGGGAGAGCAGGUGGUGGGACCCACAUUUUGCUUCUGUCUCUGAACACUUCCCUCUCCUGCACUGCAGGUCUGUUACUCAACUAGGCCUCUGUUACUAUGACAACAGCUAGGCAUACUAGCUUCCUGCUGUAAUGCUUCCAUUUGUUUGAAUGUGCUGCCUGCAAUCCUGGUCUACUUUUUGUCCUUAGCCAUUCCAGUUGUUUCCUUGGGUCAUCAUGCUGUUAAAACUAGUGCAUGCUGCCUUUUUAUUUUCCUCUAAUUGUCAACUGGUUAGGGGCAAAAGUGAGGUUAACUAGUGUGGGAUCCUAGCAUUGUGCACUCUGAAAAUCUCUGCAUUCCCUUUGAAUAUGUAUUGAAAUGAAAUUUCUAGCCUGUGGGGGCUGUGGUUUGUGUGCACUCCAAGAAGUCAGAAAGGAAGAAUGAUCUCUCUUUUUUUUUAUUUCCUGCCUUUCGGUCUUCCUGCCUGCCUCUCCCUGUGAUUUGUAAAAUCCAGGAUGAGUUAGUUCUCCAAAAUGGGACUGUUUGAAUAAACCAGUGUAAUUCAUGCAAACUGCAGUUUUGGCUUUCCUUGAUGCAGAGUUUGGGAUGCCUGUGCAAAAAUUGCCAUAUAUGAUAUAUAAAAAUAUACACAGCCCCAUUUGUAGCUA